AUGGAUAAAUACAACAGCAUUAUCAACGAUGAAAAGUUUUCCAAACUCUCACUGAAUACCACUACUUAUCCAAAGUCCUUAAAGCAUUGGGAGACUCUAUUGAAUUACCUAAUUGCUGCAGCAACUCCAAUAAAUAAGACCAUCAAUGCUAACACAUUAAGAUUAAUAAGGUCAACAUAUGAAGCCAUGCUAUUCAAUUUUCCUUUCUUGGAGAAUUACCAUAUCGAUUUUGCAUUAUUCGAGUAUAAAUUAGGUCAUGUCUCUAGAUUCCAUAAAAUUUUUAAAAGAGCAUUAUAUAUUCAUAACGAAAGGUCAUUAGUCCUUUGGGUCUCAUAUUUGAGAAUUUGUAAUGAGAUAGUUAUUGAACCAAAACAGUUAUUCAAAAAGUAUGAAGAAGCUGAACAAUAUAUUGGUUUACAUUAUCAUAGCGGUGUCUUCUGGGAAAUGUAUUUAGAACAAUUAAAAUUACGUUGCAAAACUAAACAAAGAUAUUUCAUAGUUUUAAGGAAAAUAUUAGAGAUUCCUUUACACACAUUUAGUACAUUUUAUGGCCUUUGGAUAAACCAUAUAGAUGAGAUUAGAGAUUUAUCAGAAUUGACAUUAUUUAUAAAUGAAGAUGAUUUACUGAAAAAAUUGAAGAUUGACAAAAAUUAUUCUGGGAGAAGGGGUCCAUAUUUGGCUGAUGCUAAGAAAGCAAUAAAAAAAUUUACCAAAGAAUUGUAUAUGGUUAUACAACUUCAAGUAAUGGAACGUUAUAAUCUGUUCGAAUCGAAAUUAACAACGCAAUAUUAUACGUCUGCCGAAAAUUUCCUUCCUGAUAGUGAAGUACAAACCUGGGUAAAAUAUCUAGAUUAUACAAUAGAGUUAGAUAUACCGGAACUUUGUCACAUAAAUUUCCAAAGAGCCCUAACACCAUUAUCUAACAUAGAUAUAAUUUGGCUCAAAUAUGCAUAUUGGUUACUAGACGUAGUCAAAAAUGAAACAAUGGCUAAAGUAGUUUUAAUACGAGGGAUCGAGCUUUCUCUUGAGAAGAUUAAAAUUGUACAUUUAUUAUGUGAACUGUUAACUUCUCUUGAUGAGAUACAUACACUGCAUGAUUUACUCGAGGAUAUGAACAUAUUGCAUGAAAAUGAUAUUGAAAGUUGUAAAGACUUCAACCUCUUUUGGGAUUUCAUGCAGUUUCAAAUAUUUCUUGCAAAUUCUGCAACUUUGAGUCGAUAUGAUAAUAAAACUCCAGCAACUAUAAUACCGGAGAAAUUACUAAAAGUGGUCCAAAAGAGAUUAAUAGCUAGUGGUAAAAGAGAUGAAAAAAAUAGAAUGAUCAACGGAAUGAUGCUGUUACAAUCAAAGAAAAACUCUAAAUCAAUUGAAACUGAAAUAUUUAAAUAUGUGGUAGAAAACUGCCAGGAUGAUUAUCUUAAUCAUGAACAAUUCUGGAAAGAAUAUUGCGAAUUGAUAUUAUUUGAUCUUAAUAGAACGUUGACUGAAAGGGUAGAUUACAUCAUUAAAACAAUUUUACCCCAAAUGCCCAGAAAUAAAGAAACUUUGAAAGCAAUAGAAGGGUUAGCACGUAUUUACUUCCCACAAUAUAUAGAACAAUUGGGUGCGUAG